AUGUUUAACAACGUGUUGAAUUACCUCACUAGUAACAAGCUAGUAAGUUCCUACCAAGUAGAUAAGGACCCGGCCUGCUAUGGAAACGAACUGCGUUGGAAGUUGUAUAACGCGAAGCGACCAAAGUCUAGUGUAACAGCACCGAUGGGGGGAGGCCCGGCUGGAGAUGAUACUUGCCUAACAGUGUUCCUAUUCGAGAAGAAAACUCUUGAUACGAAGCAGUACCCCAAGGAUUACAGGGAUAGGAUAUUAUCAUCGUUAAAUAAAGAAGCAACAGUCCUACAGCGACUACGACACCCGAAUAUCCUAUCUGUGAUUGAUCCACUCAGUGAUGAUCGCCAGAGCAUGGCGUUUGUGACGAGGCGUGUUAGUCAAACUCUGGGCACCAUUUUGGCAACUGAUAGGAAACAAUUGUCAGUGAUAGAGAUACAAACAGGUUUACUGGACGUUGCGUCGGCUCUAGAGUUUCUUCAUCAUGCUAAUACGUGUCACCUUGGUUUGUGCCCUAGUGCGAUCUUUAUCACUCCAAAUGGUCGGUGGGUGUUGGGUGGAAUGGCGUAUAGUCAAUCACCAGUAGAGCCGGGCAAGAUGGUGCCGUGCCAAGUGAAGUUUAGAGGAAUAGGAGGGAUGGCUGGUGGAAUGGUAUUAAACGAGCCUCCCAUAAGAUAUGCGGCUCCUGAGAUGACCACCGGCUACAGCAGUUCUUGUGGGCAGUGCAGUGACGUGUUUAGUUUCGGCCUCAUAGCAUGUGAGAAUCUUUUGUGCAUGCGUGCAACAGCAGCACUCGCCCUUUCCUUCUCCGCAUUGUGGUCGGCGACAUUACCGUGUUUGUUGAUGGCGUUGAAAUAUGAAGGAGUUUGCGAUCCGCAGUACUUCCAGGCGAGAAUAUGGCCUCGCAUAAAGCCACUAUUCAGCGCUAAGGAGAUAUCAGUUGAAUGUGUAACGAUCCUUAUCCGGAAUCUCGAUCUGUUUAUCAACAACAUAACGGCAAAUGACGCUAGUGAGGUUCUAGUACCCUUUGUGUUGAGGUGUAUCGAGUUGAAGGAGGAUACUAUCAUUCAGGAGGUGUUUACUCGUUUGCCUCUACUACAACGACGAUUCGAGUAUACUACUUUGCAGCACGUCUUGUUGCCGAGAAUGUUGAGGAUGCUGACUGACGCUAAUGAGGGUGUCUCCACCAGAAUCCGAUGUUUGAUCAUAAAAUGCAUUCAAGAAAUGCUCCCGGUUCUGGACAAUAGCACUGUUGUUGGUGUUCUGUUGAAGGCGCUCACUGAGACUACUGGAACAGAUGGUUCCGCGCAAGUAGUCGCAGCGUUAGGGGACAUUUACGAGAAGAUAAGUGAAAAUCUCGGUGCUAAACUGUCGGCGACUAAAGUUUUACCGUGUGCGCUGCCUCUUAUGGCAAAUGAGAAUCUAUCGUACGAGCAGUGGUCGCGCAUAAAUACGAUUGUUAGUGGUAUGGUUGAAAGAGUUGCGAAUUGGCGAGAAAAAGAGUAA